CGGCUGCUGUGCAAAUUUCUGCGAUUUCAAUUUAAUUUAAAAGUGUAAUUUUUUGCAUUUUAAACGCAUGGUGUGAACAGCGGUAAACUCGCUUUUUAUAAAAAAAAGAGAGUAAAUUCUGCUUAGGCAGAAAUGGAAUCGGAAAACGGACGAACUGGUGAGAUUUGCUCACCAAAGCCAGACGAUGCCGGCAUUGGCAACAAAAUGGCGUCGUCGUCCGCAACGCCGAUAAAUAAAGAAAAGACGGUCGAGCACGAGUUGAAAAUAUUGGAUGUCGAGGGCGCAGUUACAGCGGAAACUACACUUACUAUUGAGCUGGACGAUGACGAUGUGGAAGUCGUCAAUGACCCCUCAGUGUCCGAAUUGCCGACGGUAUUAAUUGAUAAUGCGCACGAGAACAAAUCAACAGAGGAUCCGCUGGAGGAUGAGAAAGCGUCCACAAAGACAGAGCCCAGCAGUGACAUUGAAAGUACCGGCUCUUACAAUGGACCCGAUCCUAUGGGCCUGCUGGAACGAAUUGAUUCAAGCAAGGAAGUGGACGAUGACGAUGAGGAAGAAAGCGCUGAUGAGGCAAGCAGCAGUGGCUCGCGUCGCAUUAGCCGCAGGGAGCGCUGGCAGAUUUGGAUGAAACGCUGGCCCUGGCUGCUGCACGAGGAGAGCGACGGCGACUACGCCUUCUGCCUCUAUUGCAAUGUGGUUAUAAAUGUGAAUAAGAAGCUCAAGCAUGUACAACAGCACAAUUUGUCGCUUUACCACCAGGAGCGUGAGAACAACUAUUUAGCCUUUAAGAAUAGUGAUGAUUAUGCGCGGUUUGGCACUAGUGAGCAUGAGGUCAAGCAUGAAUUCGGCACCGAUAACUAUGUGGCCGCCAUGAAGCAAAAGCGUGCUAACGAAGUGGAGAAGCUAAACAACUUCAAUUGGAUGCGCUGGUUAAAUUGGCAUCAGUGGCUCGAGCGAAUCCAGCCGGAGGGCACCAUUGGUCUGUGCAAGUACUGUAAUGUGCGUAUGAACGUUGAGUUUGUCUACUUGCGCAAGCGGCACGAGACCAGCAAGGGUCACUGUGAGGCACAGCGGACACAUCAGGAGAAGUCAUCGCGUAAACGCAAGCGCAGUGCAAGCCAAGAGGACAAUUCAGUUGAUGCGGCGCAGGAGCCGAAAGCUCAAAAUGAAGACUCAAACGUUAUGACUAUCGUUGGCGCCGGCUUAGAGUCCACGGAUCCCAGUGACUGGUGUGAAUUGUUGCCAGAUACCAAUCCGCAGCAAUGCCGCUGCACGCUCUGCGACUGUCGCAUGGCCAUAACGAGCUUUAUGCGUCACUUGAAGACAAAGGUGCACUGCAGCAAUCUAUUUGCACACAAGGGGACUCAGUCGUCUAAGCUGAAUCGAGGCAUUUGGGCACAGUAUGCGGAACAGCAUCCCUGGCUAGUGGCCGACCCCACUGAUCCCACUCUGGCUUACUGUCAUAUUUGCUCCAGGCGCUUCAUAUACGGACAUUCUGAGAUCAAACGCAAAACUCAUGAAAAUUCAGAGAAGCAUCUGGCUGCGGUGGCAGCCUCAGUUGCUGCUGCAACUGAAGAAGCACGGAACGACGAGGAGGAACAAAGCGAACAGGAACAGUCGGAGGCGCAAAGCGAGGGUAGCGACGACGAUUAUGUUGACGAGGAUGACAAGCUCUCCACGACGCCCAGAAGCUCCGCCGAACCCACAGAAGUGACUGGCGAGUCGCGCAAGACCAAGCACGUGGUGCGGCAUUUUUGGUGGUUGCGUUACUCCAGGGAUCGCAAAAUUCAGCAGUGCAAAUUUUGUCGCGUGCGUUUUAGCAGCGAGUGGGCCAAGGUUCGUCAUGAGCAAAGCGCUCGCCACCAAAGGCUAAUACAUCAGUAUAAGGUGAGACAGGCAGCACGCCGCAAAGAAGCGCGCAAAAAGCAUACGGAGGGUGCAGAGGGUGAAGCCGCCGAGGACGAGGAGGAAAACGACGAGGAGCAGAGCAAUGGUGAUUCAGCAGCAGUUGGUGAGGGCAAUAACUCCGAAGCAACAAAUCAACCCAAAGUGACCAGCAAAGCUGCACACAAGCCCGUGCCUGCCACUAUGCAAGGCAAAGUGAUGGUCUGGAAGGAUCGCUUUCCAUGGCUCUCUUGGAAGCGUAGCGAACCGCGUCACAACUACGGCUGGUGUAAGCUGUGCGAGGUGUCUGUCUUCUUGCCCAGCUUUAAGUACGCCUCAAAGCAUCAGCGAAGCACGCGACAUGUUCGGCUACGCUUUGAGCGCAAGAAAGCAGCACGCAUGCCACCCACGGAUGUAACGUCUGCGUCCACACCAACAACGGCAGCGUUGGCAACAGGCGAGGCGAAAAAUAAGGCAGCAAUGGCAGAAUUGCAAGCCAAAUACGAUUGGUUGGAGCCGGAUGCCAUAGAUGAGAAUCACUGCCAUUGCAAAACAUGCGAUACUCGGCUGCCCAUCAAGCUGUUCUAUUUGCGCCAGCACGAUGGAUCACGCAAGCAUCUCGAGCAGUUGGAGCGACUUAGAAAUAACAGCGGAGUCACUUCACUGACAGUCAAUGUUGCGGAACCCGCCGCAUCUGUAAUGGAUAUGGACCAGGAGAGCGAUGAGGCCCUAAGCGUCAAUCCGUUUCUUUCUAGAUCAGAGUACAGCACUGGGGAGCAGCCGCCAUCCAAGCGAAUGCGUCGUUCACUGGAGGUGCGUCGCAUAUUGCGCGUACUGCGCGACUCUGUGGGCAAGCGAAACGAUGAGCGCAGCCAGUUGGAUAUGGCUAAGGACAUGAUAUGCUCCUCUUUUGACAUUGUGUCGCGUCUUCGUACACUAGAGCGUGAGAAUGAAUCACCUGCCACAGCGUCACGUAAUCACGUGGAGUCCAACUCUUUUGCUGCACAGCCACGCGAUACCAUAGAUCUGUUCUUCGAGAGCAUAACACAGACCAUGAAAACCCUGCCUGGGGAUCUAGCAGCCGAGGGCAAGGCCAAAAUUAUGCAGAUUGUUUGCGACUUGGAACUGCGUGGCAUGCAGCGGAACGCUUCAGUGCCCACGAUCGCCGAACCGGAAGCGGAGACCAGAAGUGCGCCACAGGUAAAUGAAACAACAGCGUCAUUAACUGCAGAGAAUAGCUCAACCACGCAAACUUCCGAACGCAUGACUUUUGAGGAGGUAUUGGAUGUGCCUCCCGCUUCGCCUGAGUCAGUAUCCUCAUCUAUAACCAUUGACGAUUUGAUGGACGAUUCGCCGGCGCAGUCGAAACAGUCAUUGUCUAACGACAACCAUAUAGCGGGCAAUCUAUCCGAGUUGACCGUUACGCCCAAGCAGCGCCCUACUAUUCGUACCAAUCCGAGUCCACCCGCAUCAACCGUAACUGUUUCGGCAGCACCAUCUGUUAAUGGGCGUGUCAAGGAGGUGCCACUCAACAUACGUCGCUACCUGCCCUCCUCCGUGCAGGUUGGCACCUCCAAACCGGACGCCUCGGAUGCCCUGCGCAUUGUGCCUAUUAACAAGCUGACCACACCAAAUGCAAAUCCCAGCAAUGUACGCAACAGCAUGAAUAGCGCCGGUCAUUCAUCGCCCUUGAUGCAGCGUGGCGGCCAGCAGUCGAAUCAUGGUACGCCCAAUUCAAUUGUUAUGCACACGCCGCCCAAUUCCAACUCUAGCGUCCAUUCGGACUUAAGCAAUGGCACGUCCAGCGGUAGCGGUGGCUCCACGCCCAUGUAUCGUAAAAUUCGAGUCAACAAUGGCACUAGCACCAAGCUAAUAACGUUCCAAAACUCUGGACAGCAGAAGCAGCAGUCGCAACAGCAUUAUCACCAGGUGCAGCCGCACCAGGUCAGUCAACAGCAGAAACUGCCCAUGCGCUACUCGAGCGGUGGUGGCAGCACAGCUCUUACGCCGGUGCAGGUUCAAGCACAGGCGCAGCUGCGGGCACUGAGUGCAAACCGAGCUGUGGUGCGACAACUGCCCGCCAACAACAGAACGGCGCAACCAUAAGGAUCAGCAGGCGGGUUCGUUA